AUGUCAAAUGAAGCAGUAGCUGGUUUUAUAGCCAUAAAAACUCUAUAGAAUAGGCCAUUACGUUAUUUUGAUGCAAAUUUCAAUGAAUUUAGAGAUAAAAAUAUGACAAUGUAUAUAUAGAAGAAAUAUGCUGAUCUCAAAAGUUUUAUUAAAUAAUAUUAUAUAUAAUAGAAAGAACAGGAGUAUCAGAACUUCCAUUCUAAACAUUUUCAAGCACAUAAUUAUAGAUUAAACCAAAAGCUAAUGAUGGAUUAAAAGAAGUGAAAGCAAAUUAUGAAUUAGAUGAAAAAGUUAUAGAAAUUAUGUAAAAAGUCAUAGAUCAAGAAGAAUUAGAAGGCAUUUUAUAGUAAUGUUAAGGAUAAACAACAACAAAUAAAUAAAAAAAUUGGAAGAAAAAAGCAAUAUCAGUACCUUAGAAAUUAGCUCUACUUAUGAAUGAUCAAAUUGAAUAAGCAGAUUUAGAUGUUCUAUUUAAUCAAUAUUAAAGAUAAAAUUUAAAAUCUUCUGUAAGUUUCAUUUAAAUUAUUUUAUUUUAGUUAGAUGAACUAAAAAUGUCAGUCAAAGAUCCAAAAUUAAUCUAUAAAAAAUUAGGUAAAGAAGGAUUUUAAAAAGUUGAAUUUAAUGACUAAGAAUAAGUUAACUUUUUUAUGAAGAAAUUAUGUGAGGAAUAAAAAUUAGAUGCAUGUUCAGUUUUAGAAAUCAGAAACGGUAUCAAUAUUUAUGUUACUUUAGAGAAUAUUAAAUUUAAAGAGGAUGCUUGUGAUGAAAUGGAAAGAUGGAGGAAUAUUGUAUAAAAACGUAUUACAUAAGAAUAAAUGUAAAAGAUUUUAAUUGAUGAAGAAAUGAAAUAAAAUAAAUAAUUAGUUCAAAUAUUUAAAGAUACAAGAAUUGAUUAAUUCGAUCCUGACUUUUUUAAAAAGAAAGUUAAAAGCAAAACCAUGAAAAGAGUUAAUGAAGCAUAAGAUAGUCAAUAUCAUAAAUUCUUUGUUUAAACAGAUACAAAUAAAGCUACAUUUGGAAAAGAUGAUUUUCUAAGAAAGAAAUUUAAUUAUACAACACCUAAAUCAAAAGUUGAGAAUACACUCAGAUCCACAAGACCAACUACUAGUGUUAGUAGAUCACAUAGAGUCUUACAUAGAUCUGAUAUCGAAUUUAAUAAAUUUAUUAAGUAAUGUAAUAUUGUUGAACAUACUUUUUAAUAAAGUAAUACAAAAUUAAAUGAGAGAUUUCAAUAAAUGGAUAAAAUGAUGGAUAAAGCAUGUUAAUAUUUAGAAGAUGAUAAACCAUAAGAAGAAAAAGAACCAAAUUAAGAUUUUGAAAGAUUUAAAAAAUAACGUCUUUUCAAAAAGAAAUUUGUUACUUAUCUAAUUGAUAAAGUAGAAAAAUAGUCAGAUCUAUUAAGUUAAAAGAUUAAAACUGUAUAAUCAAAAAAAUUGAUUGAAAAGGUUCUCUCUGAAGAUUUAUGA